AUUCAAGUUACCGCACUUACAGAACUGUUACUACUAGUAAGUAGUACCAUGUCAGACGCUAACAGACAAGAGCUCGUCCGUAAUGCAGUUUCGUUCCUCUCAGACUCUACGACUCAACAAGCGCCGAUCGCCCAGCGUGUGCAAUUCCUUGAAGCAAAAGGUCUCAGUGGGCCAGAGAUCGAGGAGGCAAUGAAGCAGGCGGCGAACCAGACUGCGGCAAAGCCUCGGAAUCAUUUCCAAUCACCAUAUCCAACAUAUGGGCCAGCUACCUAUCCCAGCUAUCCUUCCCAACAAUGGGACUGGCGUGAUUAUUUCAUAACUGCUGUGAUAUCAGGGUCGGUGGUGUAUGGUGCCGUCUCGCUGUUCAAGAAAUAUCUUCAACCACACCUCAUUCCUCCAGCAGCGACUGCAUAUGAGCAAGAUCGCGAUGGCCUGACAGCACAGUUUGAUGCUGCAGAGGCCCUUUUGAAGGAAAUUCAGGCAGAGACCGAAGCCGUCAAGUCUGCGGUGUAUGAACAAAAUGAACGAGUGGACAAGGUCACCAAGGACGUUGAGUCUGUAGUAGUUGAAAUGAGGGAAGGCGAGUCAAAGACGCGGGACGAGAUGCGCGAAAUUCGUGACGAAGUAGAAAAUAUCCGAGAGAUGCUGCCCAAGAUGAUUGAGAAGAACAAAGAGACUCAGAAGGAGUCUCUUUCUGAGCUACAACAAGAACUCAAAUCUCUCAAGGCUCUACUACUCAGUCGCGGGUCUGCUCCUCUGACAAGCUCUCCUUCAAUGCCAAUACCCUCAUUAGCCAGUAGACCGUCAAUACCUUCAUGGCAGUUGGCUAGCUCAGCACCAGCGCCAUCUGCUGCAGAGUCACUACCGAGUUCAACUUCACUAAAUGGGUCGUUUACAUCUGUCGCCCAGUUGAAUGGAAAGGGCAAGGAAGCAGAGACACCAUCGAAUGAAUCUUCAUCAUAAAAUCAUGUAUUAUAUUGUUACAUAGCGUAUUGUACUCUCAAAUUUAAAAUAUGCUGCUG